AUUACGACACAUGCUUGUCAUCCAAAUGUAAGGGGACACCGCUUCCUGGUGUGGGAGCUGAUAAUAAUGGACCGAUGAGGCGGAGGAGGCAGAAGAGAUCCAGUCCUAGGUGAGAUCUGCUGCUCUGAUUUCAACAGUCUGCGGAAACAGAGACCAGAAGAAACGCUGCGUAAACUUGGAGGAAUGUCAGCCGUAAACAAAUCUGUCGAGGACGGAGCGGCCUUCUCAUCGAAGGUCAUCCGCAUCGUGUUUGUCGUCCUGCUGCUGGACCUGCUUGGAUUCACUCUGAUUCUACCUCUGCUGCCUUCCAUUUUGGACCAUUAUGCACAGACAGAGGAUGGUGUUUAUCAGUCUCUGCAGAGCGUGGUGGACUGGUUCAGGCAGGCUGUUGGGAUCCCUCUGGAAAAGAAAUACAACAGUGUCCUGUUUGGAGGUCUGAUUGGGUCGCUGUUUUCUCUGCUGCAGUUCCUGUCGUCGCCUGUAACUGGGGCUCUGUCAGACCGACACGGCAGACGACCUCUUCUCAUUCUUACCACAUUAGGGCUGAUGUCCUCCUAUGCAGUCUGGGCUGUUUCACGGAGCUUCAGCAUGUUCCUUUUGUUUCGGGUAAUUGGGGGCAUUUGUAAGGGAAACGUCAGCCUCUGCACUGCCAUCGUAGCCGACUUGCCAUGCCCGAAAGCACGCAACCGAGGAAUGGCUAUGAUUGGCAUUGCCUUCUCCGUGGGCUUCACUGUGGGACCCCUGAUGGGUGCCUACUUUGCCAUCGGCUCCAGAACAACAGGAAACGUCUUCUACCAAACUCCCGCUCUGCUCGCUUUGGCCUUCAGUGCCGCCGAUCUGCUCUUUAUUUGGCUCAUGCUGCCAGAGACAUUACCGAAGGACAUCAAGGUUUCAUCUUCGGGGUGCGGGGACUCUAGUGACCUCCUCAGCCCUUUGUCUUUGUUCCAUUUUGCUGCUGUUUCCAGGACAAAAGAUCCACCUUCAAGAGACAGAAUGCAGGCGCUGCGAGUGUUGGGCCUGGUUUAUUUCUGCUACCUCUUCCUGUUCUCCGGUCUGGAGUUCACACUGAGCUUCCUGACUCACCAGCGCUUCCAGUUUACAAGCAUGCAGCAAGGAAAGAUGUUCUUCUUCAUCGGUGUCAUCAUGGCUUUAAUUCAGGGAGGUUAUGCUCGCAGAAUCAAACCUGGGAGCCACAUUAAGGCUGUUCGAAUGGCAAUCAUAACACUGAUCCCAGCGUUUAUCCUCAUUGGGUUGUCGUGGAACGUAACAAUGCUUUACAUCGGCUUGGCCUUGUACUCCUUCGCGGCUGCAAUAGUAGUUCCCUGCCUGUCUACACUAGUUUCAGACCAUGGUUCAGCCCAUCAGAAGGGCACUGUGAUGGGGAUCCUGCGUAGUUUGGGAGCUCUGGCCAGAGCACUGGGACCAGUAGUAUCGUCCUCUGUUUACUGGAUUGCAGGAGCUCAGGCCUGUUUCCUCAUCACAUCUGCCUCUUUCGUGAUACCGCUGACUCUCCUGAACAUAGCCAGGAGGCUAAAGGAGGAAUGAGGGUCACGAAGACUUGAAAAGACUUUUUAAAAAGACAGAUAUUUUGCCGCCUAAAUGAAUGUUAUGAUGUUUACAUCUUCUGGGAGAGCAAGCACUGAGUUACCACUUUGUCACAGCAAGGAGGACACGAUUACUUGUUGUGCUGUCGGGACCAAAGAUCAACACACAGAACAAAUUCAUGUAAGAAACAGUUGCACAUGCCAAAACAGAGGGAUUGUUAGAGGAGAUUUAUUGUAUAAGUGAGACAUGAAUGGACGUAAUGCUGCUUAUGUGCACUUGUAGACCCGUACGUGUUUGGGAGUAAAUGGGUUUGGGGUGGAUUGUAAAUGAACAUUUAUGCUUCCGUAACUUAGGCAUCAUUUUAUAUUGCGGUAUUUUAUCAAUCACUCUGAUUUUGUAGUGUUUUAUUUUUGCUGUCUUUAAAAAUGUUGAUAUUCUAUUUUCAAAUAUUAAAAAAAGGAACAAAGACACAAAUGUCUGUCUGUGGGAAUUAAUAUGUGUCUUUCCUAACAGUUAGGACUAAAGUUUUACAGAUUCUCAUUAAACUUGUAAAAACUGAA